AUGUCUAGCCUCCGGACCCGCAACGCCAGUUUACUGGAUCGCAGCAACCGCCAGGAACCCACAUAUGGUCCAGCUGCAUCAGAUCUAUCUGAGGGUGCGAACGCGGAUCCGACGUUUCGAUCGAUUCAGGCCUCGCAUCCGGAUCCUUUCGCCUAUUACAAGGCUUUCGUAGGUACGAGCUCGUCGCACCUACAGCCGCAAUCGCAAGCACAAGGGGGCGAUCAGCCUUGCGUCGUACAAGAUCACGAUGGUUACACCUGCCAUGAUAUUUCCGGGACCGGAGACGUGCAUCAUGACAUGGACUACCAACAACAGGCCAGAGCUCGAGCCGUUCCCUACAAUCUUGCCGUCCGGCUCGCAAAUCGCUCCAAUGGCGUGCCCCUAGCAACUAUUGUGGAGCAGGGUUCUUACUCGACGCUAAACUCCCAUGGCUCCCUCCUCAGCGUCGGCCGGUUCCCUUCGCCGCGUGUGGUGAAAAAUACCUCACCAAGCCGCGCCUCCAACAAAGUUUCCCAUACUCCAGAUGAUUACUCCCUCCAGCGCAGUACAGAAGACUCUCAGCCCGAGCACGUGCUAAAUGCACCAAGCAAAACGUACAAUGUACCCUUGUGCAAGGAUCCUAGCACCUCCUUGCAGGCUAACCAUGCCGCUAUCCAACCUGUAUUAAGCACUAUCCAACCUUUGCAACCUACAGUAUAUCACAUCAGCAAGACAAACACCGCCGCAGAUACCAGGAAUGUCAAAAGCUUCCUUCGUGGCGUUAUACAUAAUGCUCGAGCUGCCUCAAGAACCCGGCCUAGGUCGUUCUCAAUGCAGGCAUCAGCCACUGAAUACCCCGACGACCGGCCGGAGACGAGCGAGGAUAGCCUACAAAGCCAAUUGCCUGCUUCUGACAUGCCUCAACUGGGCGAUGACAGAUUUGACACGCCAUAUUGUAUGCCCACUGCAUCUCAAACCCUGAGCGCAACUGACAUGCUGGCUCCUGAAGAUCAGGCCAGAAAUGGGCAGACGUUCAUGGCGGACCCUAGACUUUCAGCUCAUGCGAUGCCGUCCUUGCUUGAUGCCAAACCGUAUAGGUUGGAGUCGCAAACUACACCUGCUGCCGUAGCGCAACUACCACCACCUUCGGCUGUAGCUCGUUCGCGUGAACGGUCCCCUUCCGUGCGUCUUGUGUACCCAGAACCACGCAAUGGAGCGCAUGAAGGCUGUAGCGCUGGAGUACCAACGCUCUCGAACGAAAGUGUGGAUACAAUCUCAGCUGGACAUACGUUCUAUGGCGUCUCCACGUCAGGCAGCAACAGCCGUUCGCCAACAGAGCUUGAACGCGCGAAGGAAGCUAGUCGAAACACAAGUUUCUGUAGUACCACGUCCACGUCCUACUCUGGAACGGUGGUGGGCGUUGAUGUUGACCUUCAGCACGACUUCCCUCAUCCAGUGCGCCCCUCGCGCUCACCCACACCUAUUGUACCGGUAUGGUUUACACCACAAAUGGCCGACCUGGAGAGGCAAGCUUCAAUUCCGGAGUUUCCUCCUGAGUCGCAUCAAGUUCCUGAAGCGGCACCUCCGCGUCGUUCAAUCACUUCAUCUGCGUUGACAUCUCUAUUACCAAUAGCUGCAGCAUCGGGUAUCGUUCGCCCAAACUACGAUACGCCCAAGAUUUCCUUCUUCUCGCCGUCGGGCAACCUCAUUCAGCCGGAGGGCAGCUCAACGCCUGGUACAUCGAGCACUUCAGACUUCAGCGGCUCGCCCAAUGUAACCACAUCGUACUACGAUACCAGAACUACACCCGCGGCUUAUAGUGCAUUUCCAAAAACGACAUGUCUACCUCCCCCAAGACCCUCUUUGAAGCCAAUGACCAUGCCACCCACAUCGUCGGCUCCACUUCCAGCACAUCUGCGGUUCCAUCACAACUACAGACGUCCUGAGCAGUCGCAGAUCGACUCCACAGUCGGCUCGACAGAAUCCUUCAUUGUGCCAGCUCCACCAGUCCAUGGCUGUGACGGGAUAGUACGGACCGAAAGUCUUGCGCCUUACUCCAUACUGCGCCACUCGUACGAAAAGAAUAAGUCACGCCCACAAUACAAACGGCGCAAGUCGGCUCGGUCCUUCACUGAAGACCUCAAGUAUGAAGCAAGAUUUCAAAGAGCUCGGUUGAUCACGGCUAUUCUUGCCAGCUGCACAUCGUCAGGAAAAGGAAGGGUCCUUCGCAAGCGAAAGGCUGCCAGCCGUAGAGCCGCAGCAACUGACUACGUUAGCAUGCCUCGGAACCACACAGGCGAGGGUGUGAAUAGUGCUAGGACGAAGCGAAUUCAUCCCCGCCAAACCAAGGGCAGCCGUGAUGUAGGGGUCCUCGGUCCGCUUGCCGGACACAUUUUGCGAAUUUGCUUCUGCCAGCCAUACGACAGCGCAGGGGAGGCGACGCAUAUUGCAGUUACCGAGAACAUCUGUAUUGGUAAGAGCGAUCACAUAGGGAUCAUGCAGAGUCGGUCGAAGAAGGAAAGCCCUUCCACAGAUGCGAAUGAAGUAGACGUGGAUGCAGCCUUACCAAAUGCUCGGGUCGUCGGCGGGACUGAAUGGAAGACGAGCAACAAUGUAUGCCAACGCACUACGGCCCGCAACGUAAAGAGAAACUCCAUCGCCGGCACAAAUCAAUACAUCAGGAUGCAAAGUGACAGUGUCAUCAGUGUGGGUGUUGCUCUUAGAACCGCUACUGCGGGUGGCUAG